CGCAAAUGCAGGAUGCUUUGACAGGACGUGAAGGAGUAAGCACCCCAUGGCAUAACAUCAAUCAACUCACGAAAACUGACAGUGGGUACCUCUAGAUUUGAUCCUUUCGAGAAAACAGUUCCAUUAGAUGGCCAGCAUGCUGCUCUACGUUGUACUCAUCAUCAUCGUCGGCACGGCUCUUUCCAAAGAACGGUGUGAUGUACAAUACGGGUUCACCCGAGACCCAAGUCGAUGUGACACGUAUCGACUGUGCUCUAAUGGCUUAGUGGUGAGCUCUGCCAGGUGUCAGGACGGCUUCUUGUUCGACAACUCCACCAAACGGUGCAAGGAACCUGGCCAAGUACAGUGUGACACCGGUUCUUCUUCCAGGAGAGAUGACUCAAAAGUUGGACAACCGUGCGAUGUGUCCUACGGGUUCACCCGAGACCCGAGUCGAUGUGACGCGUUUCUACUGUGCUCUAAUGGUGUAGUGGUGCGCACUGCCAAGUGUCAGGAAGGGAACUGGUUCGAUAACUCCACCAAAAUGUGCAAGUAUAGUUACCAAGUGCAAUGUGACAUCGGUUCUACCCGGCAAAAUGACUCAACAGUCGGACAACCGUGCGAUGUGUACUCCGGGAAAACCCAAGACCCAAGUCGAUGUGACACGUUUCUACUGUGCUCUAGAGGCCUAGUGGUGAGCUCUACCAAGUGUCAGGAAGGGUUCUUGUUCGAUAACUCCACCAAAGUGUGCAGGCCACGAGACCAGGUACAGUGUGACAUCGGUUCUUCCAGGACAAAUGGCUCCACAGUUGGGGUGUCAGGACGGCUUCUUGUUCGAUAACUCCACCAAACGGUGCAAGGAACCUGGCCAAGUACAGUGUGACACCGGUUCUUCUUCCGGGAAAACGGGCUCAACUGUCGGGCAACCGUGCGAUGUAAUCUCCGGGUAUACCUCUGACCCAAGUCGAUGUGACACGUUUCUACUGUGCUCUGGAGGCCUUGUGGUGAGCUCUACCAAGUGCCGGUAUGAGUUCUUUUUCGAUAACUCCACCAAAGUGUGCAGGCCACCUAACCAAGUACGGUGUCAUAACGGUUCUACCGGGACAAGUGGAUCGAAAGUCGGAGAAACGUGCGAUGUGUUCUCCGGGUAUACCCAAGACCCAAGUCGAUGUGACACGUUUCUACUGUGCUCUAGAGGCCAAGUGGUGAGCUCUACCAAGUGCGGGGAAGGGUUCUUGUUCGACAAUUCCACCAAAGCGUGCAGGCCAAGAGACCAAGUACAGUGUGACAUCGGUUCUUCCACGACAAUUGGCUCGAAAGUCGGAGAAACGUGCGAUGUGUUCUCCGGGUAUACCCAAGACCCAAGUCGAUGUGACACGUAUCUACUGUGCUCUAGAGGCCUAGUGGUGAGCUCUACCAAGUGCGGGGAUGGGUUCUUGUUCGACAAUUCCACCAAAGCGUGCAGGCCACGAGACCAAGUACGAUGUGACAUCGGUUCUUCCACGACAAUUGGCUCGAAAGUCGGAGAAACGUGCGAUGUGUUCUCCGGGUAUACCCAAGAGCCAAGUCGAUGUGACACGUUUCUACUGUGCUCUAGAGGCCUAGUAGUGAGCUCUACCAAGUGCGGGGAUGGGUUCUUGUUCGACAAUUCCACCAAAGCGUGCAGGCCACGAGACCAAGUACGGUGUGACAUCGGUUCUUCCACGACAAGUGGCUCGAAAGUCGGAGAAACGUGCGAUGUGUUCUCCGGGUAUACCCAAGACCCAAGUCGAUGUGACACGUAUCUACUGUGCUCUAGAGGCCUAGUGGUGAGCUCUACCAAGUGCGGGGAUGGGUUCUUGUUCGACAAUUCCACCAAAGCGUGCAGGCCACGAGACCAAGUACGAUGUGACAUCGGUUCUUCCACGACAAUUGGCUCGAAAGUCGGAGAAACGUGCGAUGUGUUCUCCGGGUAUACCCAAGACCCAAGUCGAUGUGACACGUUUCUACUGUGCUCUAGAGGCCAAGUGGUGAGCUCUACCAAGUGCGGGGAUGGGUUCUUGUUCGACAAUUCCACCAAAGCAUGCAGGCCACGAGACCAAGUACGGUGUGACAUCGGUUCUUCCAAGACAAUUGGCUCGAAAGUCGGAGAAACGUGCGAUGUGUUCUCCGGGUAUACCCAAGACCCAAGUCGAUGUGACACGUUUCUACUGUGCUCUAGAGGCCUAGUAGUGAGCUCUACCAAGUGCGGGGAUGGGUUCUUGUUCGACAAUUCCACCAAAGCGUGCAGGCCACGAGACCAAGUACAGUGUGACAUCGGUUCUUCCAGGACAAAUCCAACCGUUGGAGGACUGUGUGAUGUGGCCACUGGAUUCACCAGAGACUCAAGUCGUUGUGACGCGUUUCUACUGUGCGCUAACGGCGUAGUGGUGCGCACUGCAAUGUCAGGAAGGGUUCUGGUUCGAUAACUCCACCAAACUGUGCGAGCGACGUGACCAAGUACAGUGUGACGUCAGUUCUUCCAGGAUAAAUGGCUCAACAACAGUUGGGGAGUCGUGCGAUGUGUACUCCGGGAAAACCCAAGACCCAAGUCGAUGUGACACGUUUUUACUGUGCUCUAGAGGCCUAGUGGUGAGCUCUACCAAGUGUCAGGAAGGGUUCUUGUUCGAUAACUCCACCAAAGUGUGCAGGCCACGAGACCAAGUACAGUGUGACAUCGGUUCUUCCAGGACAAAUGGCUCUACAGUUGGGGGUAAGUGAAACAUAUAGAUAGAUAGAUAGAUAGAUAGAUAGAUAGAUAGAUAGAUAGAUAGAUAG